AGAAGAUCUCAUCUCAGGAUGAUGGUGACUUGCCUGAAGGACAGGGCUUCUACAUAUGGAGAGGGGGAAAAGGAUGUCAUCAGGAAGUCACCGGCAGAAGAGAAAUUGUGAAAGAGACCUCACUGUAAAAAAGGCAGCCCACAAGCACCUCAGCCUUCAGAGGAGACUGAGCUCCUCAGAGGACGUGACUGAAGAGCGGACCCUUGCGUCUGUCCACCAAGCAUGGAACCAAAGCGGAUCAGGGAGGGCUACCUUGUGAAGAAGGGAAGCGUGUUUAACACCUGGAAACCCAUGUGGGUUGUACUGUUAGAAGACGGAAUUGAAUUUUAUAAGAAGAAAAGUGACAACAGCCCCAAGGGGAUGAUCCCACUGAAAGGAAGCACUCUCACUAGCCCCUGUCAAGACUUUGGCAAACGGAUGUUUGUGUUAAAAAUCACUACAACCAAACAACAGGACCACUUCUUCCAGGCAGCCUUCUUGGAGGAGAGGGAUGCUUGGGUUCGGGACAUCAAGAAAGCCAUUAAAUGCAUUGAAGGAGGCCAAAAGUUUGCAAGAAAAUCCACAAGGCGGUCCAUUCGUCUGCCAGAGACAAUCGACUUGGGGGCUUUGUAUCUGUCUAUGAAAGACCCUGAAAAAGGAAUAAAGGAACUGAAUCUGGAGAAGGACAAGAAGGUUUUUAAUCACUGCUUCACAGGUAAUGGUGUCAUUGACUGGCUGGUUUCUAACAAGCAAGUUCGGAAUCGCCAGGAAGGCCUCAUGAUCUCUGCCUCCCUGCUCAGUGAAGGGUACCUACAGCCUGCUGGUGAUCUGUCCAAGAAUGCAGCCGAUGGAAUAGCUGAAAACCCUUUUCUGGACAACCCUGAUGCUUUCUAUUACUUUCCAGACAGUGGAUUCUUCUGUGAGGAAAACUCCAGUGAUGAUGACGUCAUUCUGAGAGAAGAAUUCAGAGGGGUUAUCAUCAAGCAGGGAUGUUUACUGAAGCAGGGGCACCGGAGAAAAAACUGGAAAGUGAGAAAGUUCAUUCUGAGAGAAGACCCAGCCUACCUGCACUAUUAUGACCCUGCUGGGGGUGAAGAUCCCCUGGGAGCAGUCCACUUGAGAGGCUGUGUGGUGACUUCGGUAGAGAGUAAUCCUGAUGGGAGGAAGAGUGAUGAAGAGAACCUCUUUGAGAUCAUCACAGCAGAUGAAGUUCACUAUUACUUGCAGGCGGCCACUUCCAAGGAGCGGACUGAGUGGAUCAAAGCCAUCCAGGUGGCCUCACGGACUGGGAAAUAAGGACGUCAAGAAUCAUCAAGGUGAAUCUGAUUGGCCAAGAUUCUACAACCAGGAUAAUGGAGAUGGACAUCAAGGCCAGACUUUGAACUUUUAGUUGGCAUUCUGUUUUGUCCUCACCUUCCUCACAUGCUUCUGGGGUGUAUCAUUCUAAUGUAUUGUUUAUUUAAUAUUCACUUUAGCAAGAGUUCUCAAGCUUUGUAGGUCUGUUCCCCCGACCCCAGCACUCAAAGAAAACAAUAUUGUGUCUGUAUGCCUUGCCACGGGAAGUCUGGAGACCUCACAGAUAGUCCAGAAAAUAUCAAGGCUGGAGGAGGACGAGGCCUUUCAUCCCUUUGUAUUCUGAGUUCUCCCUACUGUUUUUUCUCAGUUGAAUAAAACAAUUGCCAUGAUACUCCACACAAUACAGAAGGCCUCAGCCUACUUGUGUCCCUUGCUCAAUGUCAUUUCUUCAAUGUACAAGGAUGUCAGCUGGGUCCUUAGAAAAGCUGAGCCUGAGAUAGAACAAGGAGUGAAAGAAACAUAUUAAGAAGGGAAAAGAAUGAUAUUAAAACAGACAAAAGUGAAAGGAAGUAGAAAUUGGGUAAGGAAACCAACAAAAAUCUAACAACAGGGUUGGCCUAGAAAGAAUAGCAAGGGACCAUCUUCGCCUGACUGAGCAGUAUAUCAGGUCCUCUGUCUUAUGUGGAGAAGUGACCCAAAGUGACAAUAUUUUUAUGGACUAAUGAACAGUACUGCAUGGUUUCUCUAAUUACACAGAAUCUUACAAGGAAAAAAGACUGAAAGAUCAGAGACAAGGAACUCUUGGGAAGAAGCAUAAGGAUGGACAUCUGGGAGUGGGUGUAAAGUGUGAGGAUAUAUAUGCCAUAUUCUAAAUCCCAGAAGCUUCCAUCCCCAAAUCACUUGGCCUGCAAUCACCAAAGCCUUAGAACAAAGGACAAAUGAAUGGGUGGCCACAGUGGUAGCUAUAGAGGCCACAUACAAGGACAACAGCAUUGGCUUCAACUUUUCAACUUCAUUUAGCUAUUGCCACCAUGUGCUCACAUGUCCAGCAUGUGAGCAGUGAAGACGAGUGCUGAACACUGUGUGGUAUUCUUCAAGGGAAUUAACAAGUUCUCUGAUAAGUUGGCUAUAUUUCAUUCUGAAUGUUUUGUCCUUGCAAGAACAGAUGCUGAAUCUAGCUGUGAAUUUCUCUUUCUUAUUCAGAGUACUCUAUUUAUAGACAAAGGGUCCAUAUACUAUAAUGUCUAGUUAGAUAGCUAUUGUAGUUGGGAGAAGGAAAUAGAUCCAUUUUGUGGGUCUAGUACAUCCCUCAGUCAUAUUUCCUUGAGCCUCUGCCUGGCUCACUAGUUAUCAAUUCUUAAUUCAUGUUAAAAUCAUCCUUCUUAUAUAGCCAUAUUUCUGUGUUUAGACCAGAACCCUACCAUUUAUUGUCUGGGUUCAUUUUAAAAGUCUCCAAAUGGGCUUCCAUACCCCACAACUACGCUCCAAUCUACUUUACAUAUAUUUAUCACUAAACUCCAUAUGAAAUGAAGAACCCUUAAAUAUCUAAUGUUGUUUAUCUUCUAAACCUCAGCUCAUCUCCAACUGUUCCAUUGUUUGUACCAUACCAUAAUCAAUUCAUGAUAGCUCUGACCAAGUGAGUGGACAGUUUAAUCCAUUGGUAGAUUCAAGUCUAUUGGGAGGAGGUAGACCUCUGCAAGGUGGAGGAAGAAGGCCAAUGUGGGUGUAUCCUUAAGGAGCUAUAUCAUGGUCACUCCUGUUAUCACUCUGCAAUGACUCCUCCCUAUUAUAAUGUGCCCUUUCCUGGUUCACCACACUCAGUGACCCUGGUGGACUGAAACUCUUAAAUUUAUGAUCUAAAAAUGACUCCUUCUUCUAAACAAAAUGAUGGGCAUUUUGUCCCAGCAUCAAGUGGAGCACAUAAACAAGGAGGUGUCCUUGUUUUGUCAAACAUUAAUUUCCAUAAAAUUCAGGAGUAAGAUGGAAAACUUAAUAAGAUCUUAUAUUAAAACCAAAAAGUAAACAACUAGCUGGGCAGGCAAGUAGUGUCCACUGGUGCUGUAGAGACAUGACUGGUGGUGGGGGGCAGGAUAACCAAUGGCUUUCUGAUUGAAUCUAAGGCCCACUCCACAGAAGACAAUUCAUGUCUAGUACUAUUGGUCAGAUGCCUGUGUCUGGGGAGGACAUAAGCCCUACCAGGGAGGCUGUUACUAUUGUUUUGUGAAAUACACACGUUGUGCCUAUUAAAUUGCCCUUGAAAAGACCUCAUCUCAUGAGUCCCAAAGCUAAGAAUGUCCUCAGACAAAAUGCAAUGCCUACAUUGUUGUAAUCCUUAUAAUCUAUCUGAUGUUUCUACAAAUGUAUUUGAAAAAAAAUGCCUUGAUUUAGGACUUUGUUCUGUUACUCUGAAAAUUCAUGUAAGUGAUACAACACUGUAGUAGUGUUUUUGGGAAACCUCAAUGUACUUUCCUAAGACAUAGUCACUCAUAUUUUGCUCUAGAAUAAACUCUAAACUUUUAUUCCUUUGAAGGUAAGAGCUGUCUUUUUUUGUGUCAAUCGUGUGGAAGCCCCCAAGUCCUCUCCCUAUGUACUGUGUAUGUCUCCAUCUUGGUGUUCUUGAAUAGAAUCUUUUAUA